AGAAGACGCAUAUCAACGCUUCCGGUGUUUUGUAAAGUUCUCCGCGAGUCCUCGCGCGCUUCACCUGUUGUAGUCGGUCGGGUAACCGGAAUCAUGUUGAUUAUCAGUAACAGGUUAAAAUUGUGCUCGCUCGCGUUCACCGCGGCGCGUAUGUGUUCCACCGGAGCUCAGGCGAACAACAAUCCGGUGGUGUUUUUUGAUAUCGCGGCGGAAAACGAACCGCUUGGCAGAGUCACCUUCGAACUGAACGCUGAUGUUGUGCCCAAAACAGCAGAGAACUUCAGAGCUCUGUGUACUGGUGAACAUGGAUAUGGGUACAAGGGCUCCAUCUUUCACAGAGUUAUUUCACAGUUCAUGUGUCAGGGUGGAGAUUUUACAAACCACAAUGGAACUGGAGGAAAAUCCAUAUACGGCCCGAGAUUUCAAGAUGAGAACUUCAGACUAAAACACACCGGACCAGGUAUUCUGUCGAUGGCCAAUGCUGGACCCAACACAAACGGAUCUCAGUUCUUCAUAUGUACAGUUAAAACAGACUGGUUGGAUGGUCGUCACGUCGUCUUCGGCAGUGUGAAAGAUGGAAUGGAUGUCGUGAGGAAGGUCGAGGCGUUGGGUUCGCGCUCAGGAAGAACAGCCAAGAGAAUCAGUAUCACUGACUGCGGAGAACUCAAGUAGAGAGAACAAGUCAAGGCAUUUCAUACACGGCUCAUCUAACAGAUGUGUUUGUUUGUUUUCACCGUUCUCCUCCUUAAAAGGCCCAGAAACCUGAUAAUGUGAAAUUUAGACACUGGAUUAAAGAGGAAAGUUUAGCAUAACCCUUCAAUUCAGCCUCAUGUCGGUACUCGUCUUUUUGAUGUUUUAAAGACACAAACGUCGCCCAGGUUCAGAAGACUGAGUUAAUAAUAAAGAUUGUUCUCAUUUUAGGGUGCACUGUAACUUUAAAUAACAUCUACUGUGAACAUGUGAUUUAACAUCAUCAUUCUCAGGCAUUUGUGUGUAAUCUGGACUGAGAAAACAUCAUAUCAAAGUUAAUGACUGAUGAUAUAAUAUUUUGCUGGAUCAGUAUUUAAUUCAUCAGUUAAAAGUAAAAAAGCCAUAAAGCAAUACGGAAUCAUUUUCUUUUUCAGUUUGUUGGGAGACAUUUAUUUGACAUGUGUCUGUUUUUCACUGCGCUAUUAAAGGGGUCAUAUGGCGUGAA